UGCCUCUACCUCCUGCUGACCUCCCUUCCUUCUCUCAACGGAAGCGAAACAUUGCGUUCGGAAUUGAUUCUUUUUUUUCAAGUAUGAAAGGCAAACGACCUGCACCUAUUAAUGAGGGAACCGAAUUUGUUUCGGUUGACGAGUAUUUAACGAGUCAGAUCUGUAACAAGUGCAAACCCAGACAAUUAAAUAAUACCUCCAUUGCUGGAUCAAAGCGAAGAGUACACUCUAUCCUCAAGUGUGAAUCUUGUGGUACGGUUUGGAAUCGCGAUGUGAACAGUGUAUUAAACAUAUAUGGUAUCUUUGUUUACAAAUCAAAACAUGACAAUGAAAAUCCUCCCCCCUCCAAAAGACCUUCAAAAGACUAACGGUGUUCUUGGAUUUAAUGCGCUGUCCAUAGCGGCAAUGCAUUCCUUAACACCUCGGUGAGUAUAAAGCGAGUGAUACAUUAUUUUUUAUUCAUUAGUCUUCUAGCUAGA